UAAGGGAUCGCUCGCAUCAAUUCAAAUACCAUCUAGUGUUGCUAGUUGCUACCUCUUCUUGUAAAUCACUCUUCGCAAAUUUCAACUUUCUUUGAGAUCUCAUUUGGAGGGGAAAUGGCUCGUACGAAGCAGACAGCGCGCAAAUCCACCGGUGGAAAGGCUCCGAGGAAGCAGCUGGCCACGAAAGCCGCCAGGAAGUCAGCUCCGGCCACUGGCGGAGUGAAGAAACCUCACCGUUUCAGGCCCGGGACGGUGGCUCUGAGGGAGAUCAGGAAGUACCAGAAGAGCACGGAGCUCCUCAUAAGGAAGCUCCCAUUCCAGAGACUUGUACGGGAGAUCGCACAGGAUUUCAAGACCGACCUUCGUUUCCAGAGCAGCGCCGUCUCUGCUCUCCAAGAAGCGGCUGAGGCAUAUCUUGUUGGUCUCUUUGAAGACACUAACCUCUGCGCCAUUCAUGCCAAGAGAGUCACCAUUAUGCCCAAAGAUAUUCAACUUGCACGUAGAAUCAGAGGCGAGAGGGCAUAAACAACUUUACAUUCUUAAUUAACGUCUAAUUAGUAAGUAAUUUAGUAUUUGCGUUUUAUCCUUACCUAUGCUGUGCUUGUCAUUAUGACUCCGGAAAAACUAAUGUACUUGAUAUUUUAAAAAAUAUGCUCCCACUGUUCUCAGUUAGGAUCUAAAUUUAAUAUGAUAUCAUGAUUUGUUAUUAAAAAAA